AUGCCUGCAAGACGUAAGCCCUCCGCGAGAGCUAAAGGUCGUAACACGGCGACGUCCACUCCUGCAGUGUCCAGUCGAGCUACCUCCCGAGACUCAAGUUCCCUUUCGCCCGCCAAGUCACCGGGAACUGAAGUAGCUGCGGAUGAAGACAUUGAUAUCGAAGGUGGAGACGACCAGGAGGAAGAUAACACACAGGUCGAGAAUGGAGACGAUGAAGAAGAACAGGACGAAGCUCAGUUAGAAAAUGUUGAUGAUGAGGAGGAGGAUGAAGAUGACGAAGAAGACGAAGACGAAGAUGAAGAGGAUGGUAGCGAUGAGGAGGAGGACGAAGACGAAGAAGAACAAGGAAGCGACGACAACGAUGAUGAGGAGGUGGACGAAGAAGAGGAGAAUGUGGCAGAAGAGAAGGAUGGAGCUGAAUCUGAUUCGGAUGAUACUGAGUCCGAUGAAGAGAAUGGUGAUAAGGAAAAAGCGAAAUCGCAAUCGAGACCCAAGAGAGCCAGUGGAAUCGACAACGAAGAAGAUUCCGUGCACGAAGAGGACGCUGGAUUUACCAAAGAUGAUACAUCUUGUCCGCCUUCUCUGAAGUUCUAUUACCCUCUUCCCGUCGAACGACUUUCCGAUCAACCUGAACUUCACAGAUCGUUCAAAGUUGCCCGAUUCGUCAGAUGUCAAGUUCCCGAUUGCGACUGUGAAGGAUUAGAGCCACCUCAAGAUCAUGAUAUUGAAAUUGGAAAUAUACCAAUCGGUGAAGAACAGAAUAGCAAACGAGCUAGGACGAACAGGAAGCAAAAGAAAGGAGAUUCUGACGAUGAGGACGAAGAUGGAGAUAUCAGUAUGUCAGAUGAUUCCGAAGAGAAGCGGAGACAGAUGUGGAUAAACGAGAAAGGAUGGUGGAAAUUGUGCGGGAGCUGUAAUCAUGGGUGGGAUGAGGAAGGCCAUGUAUGGCCUAAAGAUCUGAGUACGUCGGAGAAGAGAAGAAGGACAAAUGUAGUGGGGAGAAUUGAGGAGAUUUUGGAAGAUGAGAAACUUCUUCUUACAUUCCCAACUCCCAGGACAGAACAGACAGAAGGCUUGUUCAAACAGCUAGACCAAUUCCAUCGACCCGCAGGUAAACGACCUACUGUCCCUGGUUUGCCUGAACCAUCCGAUAUCACCUCGCCUCAAGGUUCAGGAUCUGGCGACACACCUCGCGAGAGGGGAGUCAGUGAACUGGAUAUAGAUGGGGAGGAUGCUGAUGUAGAGAGGCCAUUAAAGAGACGGAGGAGUGGAUCUGCCCAGAGUCAAGAUGAAAUUGAUAUCGAUGACGAGGCGAAUAAACCUCAUAAACAUGGAAAGAAAAAACCUGGUAAAACCGCUGGGAAAGGUAGAGAACCCCGUACGGUCGUCAGAGGUAUGCAUGGAAUAGUAUCUAUGGAGACUGAUGCGGAUGGAAAUCAGCAUGUUGCUGGAAAACCAGACCAAGAAAAGAAUGAAGAAGGGGAGGAAGAGGACGACGAAGAGGAUGUUCCACUUGCUAAAAGACCGGAGUUGGAUGAACAGGAAAGAAAGAGAAGGACGGAAAUCAAAGAAAAGGAAAAAGAGAAAGAAGAGGAGUUGAUGAGAAGGUUGACCAAAGGUGCGAAUGUGGAUGAUGGUCGAGAUGGGAUAGGUGAAGCUCAAGGAAUAGACGUGGAGAUAUGGGAAGGAGUCGAAUUGCCCAAGUUGCCACUUCGUCCGGCUGCUAUAGAGCAACAGAAUGAAGAGAUACGAUUACCUGUCGUAUCAUCUCGAAAUCCUACGCCUGUAGCUACUAUUCUGCUGAUAGGUCUGAAAAAUCUGUUUCAACGUCAAUUACCAAAAAUGCCUAGAGAGUAUAUUACAAGAUUGGUUCUGGAUAAAAACCAUAUCAGUAUGGCGAUUGUCAAGAGAGGUUGGAAAGUUGUUGGUGGAAUUUGCUAUAGACCUUUCGAGAGUAGGGGAUUCGCGGAGAUUGUGUUUUGUGCUGUUGACAGUUCUGAGCAGAUCAAGGGUUACGGUUCUCAUCUCAUGAAUUCGCUCAAAGAUCAUGUACGCGCCGCUCACCCCACCAUCAACCAUUUCUUGACGUAUGCCGAUAAUUACGCCGUGGGAUAUUUCAAGAAACAAGGUUUCACUAAGGAGAUCUCGUACCCCAGAGAAAGAUGGGUGGGGUAUAUCAAAGAUUACGAAGGUGGUACGAUCAUGCAGUGUACGAUGUUGCCGAAAGUGAAAUAUAUGGAAGUCCAUCAGAUGUUAGCUGAUCAAAAGGCGGCUAUACUGGCGAAAAUCCGGACCAUAUCGAGAUCGCAUAUCGUACAUCCCGGUUUAGCCAUUUUCAGAGAUGGGAAACCUGGCGAGGAGAUCAAAUUGACUAAAGAACAAGUCCCUGGAUUAGCUGAAAGUGGUUGGAACCCUGAUCUCGAUGAUAUUAUCCGACAACCUAAGCGCAAUCCCCAUCAUGUGUUGUUACAGCUUGUCCUCAACGAUUUGCAAAACGAACCUUCCUCGUGGCCAUUUACGAAACCUGUUGAUGGGAAUGUGGUGGUGGAUUACUAUCAGGUGAUAAAGGAGCCCAUGGAUCUAUCGACCAUGGAGCAUAAACUUGAGAAUAACCAUUACGAGACUGUAGAAGAUUUCGUCGGCGAUGCUAAAUUGAUGUUUGAUAAUUGUAGGCAAUACAAUGGUGAAAAAUCAACUUAUACGAAACAAGCUAAUUUAUUGGAGAAAGCUUUAGACAAGAUAUUGAAAAAAAGACAAUCUGUGUUGUAA